AUGUCAAUUGUCAAGUCUUCCAAAGGACACGAUAAACUUUUACUCGAAGGUUAUUCUUAUCGUCGUGCAAAUAAAUCACAAAGAAUAUGGCGCUGCUCGAGAAACGAUUGUGCUGGUCGUGUUGCUUUUGAUGGUGAUCAAUAUAAUAAAAUAACAGAACAUGUACAUGCACCCAACCCGGAAGCAACUAUAUCAGCUGAAUUUAAAUCAAAAAUUACAACCAGUGCAACCACAUCUCAUGAUCCUCCACGUCGUAUAAUUUAUGAAGCACUACAAAAUGUUGAUAAAAAUGAUGGUGCAGCUGUACCAACAUAUCAUUCAUCACAAAGAACAAUUGAACGUAAAAGAAAAAGAAAUGACAUACCUUUACCACGACCACAGACAUACACUGAAAUCGUAAUUCCUGAUGAAUUACAAAUAACUAAUGGUGGUGCACGUUUUCUAUUGUACAACAAUCAAGAUCCUAUUCAUAACAAAACAUCCAUAACGAGAAAAGUGCUACUCGAAGAAUUUAGUUAUGAUUAUGAAGAACUACCGAUAAAACAAAUUAUAAGCAGACCUGUCUACCAAUAUGAUAUUGAACAAAUCUAUUUUACAUUUACAACCAAUACAGGACGAAUUCGAGAAACUAUUCAUCAAGUAAAAUUUUGGGCAACACGACUUGGUAUUCGAUGUUUAAUUAUUUUUGAAAGCAAGGAUUUGCAAUCUAAGAAUUAUAUUAAAAGAUAUCUAAAAAAUGAAGGAAUUUCAUGUAAAAUAAAAACUUCAAAUGUCACUCGUUAUGAAGAAAGAUAUCUCGAAUUAAUUCAACAAGCUUGGUAUUCAUUAAAUAAAAGUUCAUAUACUAAUAUGAAAACAAUACAAUGGUUUGCUUUUGGAGAUGAUGAUACUAUUUGGUUCUUAAACACUCUUUUACAAUUAUUAGAAUAUUAUAAUGCAUCUAAUUCGAUCUAUUUAGGUAAUAUUUCUGAUAAAUUAGGAGCUAUUCAAUAUCAUGGAACUUAUUACGCUUAUGGAGGUGGUGGUUUUAUUUUAAGUCGACCUUUAGCAUCACGAGCAGCACAACAUACUAAAGAUUGUCAACGAUUUACGAAGAUGUUUGGUGGUGACGAGAUGAUUGGCAAGUGUAUUACUGAAGUAUUAAAAAUAAAUUUGACACGAAACAAAAAUUUUCAUCAAAUGGACCAUGACGGAGAUAUGGACGGCUAUUUAGAAAGUGGUUUAGAAGGACUUGUUUCUCUACAUCAUAUUUUCUCUUUUUGGGAAUCAUUUCCUGAAGAACACACUAACAGUCCGCGUGAGACUAUGUAUCUUUUGAAACUUGCCUAUCAAACAUUUGGUAAUCAUUUUUUGAAAAGAUAUGUUCGACUAGAUCACCGAACUAAUCGAACAUUCUUAUUGACAAUGGGAUAUUCAUUUAGUUUAUUUAAUCGAAUAUUAACAUAUGACGAAUUGAUGAAAGUGGAAAAGACAUGGCGGUGUUGUAGUGAGUUCGUCGAUAGAGAAACAAGACCAAAAGAAAAGAAUAAAAUGACUUGGUAUUUUCGUGAUGUAACAAAUGAAAGUGCAAAUAUAGUGAAUGGAUAUGGAGCAGUUUACGAAAAUAAACAGAAAGAUGCAAUUGUUCAAAUUCCUAGGAUAGAAAUUAUUUUAACAAACUAA